AUGCGCAGUCUGACCCGCCGCCGCGCCGCUGGCCUCCUGCACUCGGGCGCCCUCGCUCGCGCCUCUCCUGCUCUCCGGCGCCCUCGCUCGCGCCUCUCCUGCUCUCCGGCGCCCUCGCUCGCGCCUCUCCUGCUCUCCGGCGCCCUCGCUCGCGCCUCUCCUGCACUCCGGCGCCCUCGCUCGCGCCUCUCCUGCUCUCCGGCGCCCUCGCUCGCGCCUCUCCUGCUCUCCGGCGCCCUUGCUCGCGCCUCUCCUGCACUCGGGCGCCCUCGCUCGCGCCUCUCCUGCUCUCCGGCGCCCUCGCUCGCGCCUCUCCUGCACUCCGGCGCCCUCGCUCGCGCCUCUCCUGCUCUCCGGCGCCCUCGCUCGCGCCUCUCCUGCUCUCCGGCGCCCUCGCUCGCGCCUCUCCUGCACUCGGGCGCCCUCGCUCGCGCCUCUCCUGCUCUCCGGCGCCCUCGCUCGCGCCUCUCCUGCUCUCCGGCGCCCUCGCUCGCGCCUCUCCUGCUCUCCGGCGCCCUCGCUCGCGCCUCUCCUGCACUCCGGCGCCCUCGCUCGCGCCUCUCCUGCUCUCCGGCGCCCUCGCUCGCGCCUCUCCUGCUCUCCGGCGCCCUCGCUCGCGCCUCUCCUGCACUCGGGCGCCCUCGCUCGCGCCUCUCCUGCUCUCCGGCGCCCUCGCUCGCGCCUCUCCUGCACUCCGGCGCCCUCGCUCGCGCCUCUCCUGCUCUCCGGCUCCCGCUCCGGCCACUGUAG